UAGACGCUUGAAGUUUUUUGGUGGGAAACCGAACCUGAUUGUUACUAACAUUUUUAGUUUGUGAUGUGCAAAGUGCAAGGAUGAGUGCCAGUGUUAAUCUUGUAUCGGAUAGUCAGAGACUGAUAUCGUACAGUUCAGUUGAGCAACAAGAAGGCAGCUAUUUUCAACGAUUUCUGUAUCCUGAAAACUCAGCUGUGUUGCCUAGUAGUCUAGUUCCAGGUAGUGAAUAUCAAAUUCCUCUGGAUUUAUCGCUUCGUCAAGGGAAUGUUCCCAUGACUCCUCCAUCGACUCCAUCGCCUCCCAGAAAGCGUUCCAAACAGGGCACGGAUGAAGACGACUGGAAGUUCCGGCUCAUGGCUAAUCGAUCCAUCAACCAAUUCUCCGAUACGGUUUGCAUCGACGACAAGAAGUACUAUGCUAACACAACCGUCGGGUCGUCAAACAGCUUACGAUACUUUGAUAACUCGUUGAGACUACCGUCGUUCAAAACUUUUCAUGGAGCUUCCGACAAACCGACCAUCGACGAUUUUAUCGAUAUCACCGGUCAAGACGACUCCAUACCCAAUCGAUCGCCAUCACCAACGUCCUCCAACAUCGAUGUGGAAUCGCUUGACAACGACCGAAUCGACGAACACGACGACGAUAGCAACCAAUCCAUAAACAUUGUUGACAGCGAGGAGAAAGAAAAUCAACACCAAAAUCAGCAACCGGUUCUAACCGACGGACAGCGAUACUUCGAAGAUGAAAAACUUCACCUUCAGGCGAUCGAGGGAUUUGCCCGGCUGUUCGAAAGAAGCUUCGUCGGCUACAAUCGACAGCAACAAACUCAACAACAUCAAAACCAAUCCACCUCCAAAACACCAUCGUCAUCAACCCGCCCAAAAACCGAACGCCGACGGAUCAAAACACGCAAACAACUCAUUGACGAAGACAAUAGCAGCCCCGUAUCAGGCACCUUGAUUCGACAACUCCAAGAAGGCGAAGAGCUGGUAGUACGCAAAGGUGAUAUCGAUCCGGCCUUCAACGUGGUCGAAAUCACCGAUGAAGCCAAGGAACUCCUGUCCAAAAUUGACAACAAAAUAGGAUCAUAUCUGUGCCAGCUGUGUCGAGCCCUGUACGACGACGCCUUCGGGUUGGCCCAGCAUCGGUGUACCCGGAUAGUGCACAUCGAAUACCGCUGUUCGGAGUGUGAUAAAGUGUUUAACUGUCCGGCCAAUCUGGCCUCGCACAAACGUUGGCAUAAGCCUCGAGGAACCAGCGCCAGUGGUGGUGAUAACCGAAGAACGAAACAAAACAGUGGUGCCAGUACGGUGACGAGCGCGCCAUCUGGAGCAGCAGAUGUUCCAGGCGGUGUUUCGAACUCAACUGAACUUCGAGACGAUGAAGAGUGUGUUGAAAUUGUUGACAGUGGGGAGGGGAUUGGUAGCGGUUCCGGGAAAACUACGGAUAUUGGGCGGCAGCGGCCGGUGGAUUUAGUGGAUAUCUCUGUGGAACCGUUCGAGUGUCGGCAGUGUGGAAAAAGGUUCAAAAGACAAAGCUACCUGAAGAAACACUACCAAUCGCAUCAGCAAGUGCCCCUAAAUACACCGUCGCCAUCAGGUAGUCGUUCGACUAAUGGCUCUACCGCAGGAAAUUCCGGCAACACUUCCGGCAUCAUGAACGCAGCUGCAGCAGCGGCCGCUGCAUUCGCCCAUCAGAACGCAGCCGCUGCGGCAGCACUUUUCUGCUCUGGUGGAAAUCAACAUGGUGCCUCCGCGGCGUCGUCGAUCUCGAGCAAUGCUGCCCCAUCAAUGAUCGGUAGUGGAGGAGGAUUUUCCCGAAGCUCCCACCCAGGGCUCUUUCCAUUUACCGCCGGGACUUACAGCGGCAGCUACACCGAGUUGGAAAAGCGCCGUUGGCAAUCGCUGAGUGAACUGUACCUUCAACAGCAACGCGAACGCCUGUCCGCAUUUCAGUACGUACGUCACCACCACCAGUACGAGGAUUACCUGAAAGGAUUCCAAACGGGGGUACCCUUUUCCCGGGACAAAUCCUGACAGAACGUGUUGCGACCAGUGCCGCGACUGGCUGCGGCCCCACUUUGGUCGCAUGGAACGACAACAGCGGCUGCUGGCGCCAUAGCAACGAACCCAGUCAACAACAACGUCAUUUCUCCGACAAAGCAUGCGACGCCCCCGGAAGCCUUCAGCACGCAACCAUCGACGGCGACGGUGGUUUCGCGAAUGCUUGACAACGGCCACAAUCCAGCCACGGUAGCAGUGCCGCAGAACUUCCGUCGCUCGGAUUAGAUUUCCUACCCGAGCCAACCGGUUUAGAACUCAGCGGCACCGUGUUGUGUAUUUUGUUCCGGAAAAUUAGUAGACCAAUUGUUGUUAGUUUAGGUUACGAUUUCCUCCCGGGACCGCAUUAGUGACGAAGCGUCCCGGGUUGAUUCAAUUUCCUCCCCGAGUGAUCCGGCGAAAUCGAAUCGCCCUGCUGCGGAAGAAUGUGUUCGUCGUCGUAUGGCAAAGUAUCUUUCACGGGCAAGGAAACCCCAAAUAGGAAACAUCAACAGAUAACCUUUUUAUUCCCUUUUGAAAUAGCGCAUUAGAGAAAGUAAAUAGCCGAAUAAUCAGUUAACG